AUGUUUGCUACCACCGGAGCUCAGGCAGUCGCCCUUUUCGCAGUCCUAUCUUCUACUGCUGUCAAUGCAUUCUCUCCGAGCUUUUCUACGCCGAGACAAUGCGACUCGCUCAAGAUUACCUGGUCCUCGAUGCAACUCCCACCGUCCACCCACGGCCUCACCGAGUUUACAAUGAGCCUGGUCCCUCUCGACGAUCCAAAGCAUCAUACUCCGUCCCCUUAUAUGCUCACUGUGCCCUGCACGAUGCUCGAUGAAGAGGGCGCCCUCGAGGUCCCCGCUCUCCCAUUCAGAGCAGGCACACAGUUUUUCGCCUCGGCAAAUUUCCCAGGAGCAUCCGGUCCAGUGCGUAGAAUGGUCUCCGACGUCUUUACCGUCGAGCACUCUACCGACACAAGCUGCCUCGACACGGCGGUGCCGCCAAAUGCCAAGAGACCCCGUGUCAAGACGUUUGGAAAGCGUCAAGUCAACGUUAUUGGCGCUACAAGUGUUGGUGCAUCCGCUUCUGCUACACCGUCUCCAGCUAGCUCGUCCGCCGCUGCCGGUGCUCCGAUCAAUGUGAUUGGUGUCGGCAUCAUUUCGAGCGGCGCAGCAGGAGAUAGCUCACAAGUUGCCUCGUCUACUAGCGAGGCGUCAACAUCGUCAGCUUCCGCCCCAGCUGCAAGCUCCUCGAGCGGUGCAGUGCCUCCCAUCCGUGUGAUUGGAUCGUCCAAUAUCCCUGCCACGGGUGGCGGCAAUGCAGAUACACCUGCAAACGCAGCUCCUGCUCCUCCGGCUGCAUCGUCUACGGGGCCUGUUCCACCGAUCAACGUCGUGGGUCCUGGUGUCAUUCCUGCAGACGGCGCUUCAUCCAGCUCUGCCAGCGCGACCACCACCACGGCAUCAGAGGGAGCACCAACAACGAUUACAGUUGACAAUGGAACCGUCGUCACCCCCACAGAGACUUCAACCCCUUGCACCGAAACUUCGACGGCAUCCACCACGACAAUGGCGAUGGAGACACCGACAUAUGGAAAUGACGACGAUUCUGAAGAAGUUCCAUGCGAGGACGAGGAGAACCCUAGCAGCACUGGGUACCCCGGAAAGCCAGCUACGACGACGCGCGCUGCUGGAGCCUUCAAUACCGAGGUUGUCCAAUAUGGCUCGUUUGACGACAUGGUCAACGCAGCUAACUCGGCCUUUCACGCAUGGAACCCUUACAAGCCUGCGUAUACGCCCUCGGCGUGA